GUUUUGUCUUUCAGAAUGUUUGCACAAUUCUUCUUUCUUCUGGUAUGUGGGGUUGCGCUGAGUCUCAGCCAGCAUCCACCCCCAGGAAGAGCCUGGAGAAGUUUUCAGCUGAAGCACGUGACAAACAGGCAGGUUAACUGUAACAGAGACAUGAGACGGCCCGCGGUCCACUGCAAGCCACAUAACACCUUCAUCCGUUCAAGUGCUACCACCGUGAGGGCAAUAUGUAGAGGAGUUCAAGGCCCUGCAAAUCGAUCAAGUAACAAUAGAUUCAGACUUCAUGACUGCGUGAGAACAUCCGGGUGCCAGUAUAGGUCCAGGAACCUAACAGAUGUGAUUUGUGUAAGAUGCCAGAAUCAACUUCCUGUGCAUUUUGUCAAGGUGGGGAGGUGCUAG